UUUUCACAGAACAAUAUCACAUCAUUUUAUUUGUCGUUUCAAAUGAAUCAACACACUUUCGUAUAUGCUCUUUACACUCUUGGGUGAUUCCCUUGAUUAAUAUUCUCUUUCUUACAUAUUUCUUCUUUAUUGGUUCCCAUGUGAACCAUGACUCACGUCGGUAGCUCGUGUCGUGAAAAAACAAAAAGUGCAAGGAACUGUCUUUUCCCUUAGACUGGAUUUAUGAUUCGGGAGGCGUUACCAUGAUGCAAAAAUUGUGGGAAAAUGACCUGCCGAUCGAAGAUGUGAAAUUGAUCAAAGCACGAUAUGUCAUGUAGCCACCUGGCAUUACUAUCAUUACAGUAAUCAUAGGAAUUCAAUACUCGCGAAGAGAAAAAUGUUAUCAGAGUGCCAUAAGCCACUAAAAUGUCGCACCAUUCAGACAUAGGUGUGUCUCUUAAGAUAACAAAAUACUCUAUGAAAUUAAUUGGAUUAUGGAAAGCUGAUAAUAGAACUGAAAAUUUUUUUAUGACUUUAAUUUUUUUUUAUACAAGUGGUAUGGUGGUAGUAGGUGUGAUUUAUUUAGUGACAGAUCUCUUUUAUGUUCUUGAUGACAUUUAUAAAGCUGUGAAUAUUAUUUGUCCAACGAUUGCUCUGAUUAAUAUAACUGGGAAAUUAAUAAUAUUUAUAAUUAAUCGGGACGAAGUGAUGAAUAUCCUUAAACGCAUAGAAAAUGCCAUUAAAAAUGAAAUAUACGGGGAAUACGAAAUAAACGCGGUCAAAGAUUGUGAACGUCAAUGCGUCGGGUUGGCAAUAACUUUUGGAAUUCUAACUCAAGGGGCAACUGCGAAUUACGUGAUUUUGCCAUUCGUGGAAAAUUUUACUGGAAAUGCAACUCGAAAGACUUUACCAGUCCCGAUGCAUUUUGGUAAUCUACCUUAUGACGAAUCACCGUAUUUCGAAAUGGGACUUUGUAUCGAGGCAUUGAUAAGCAUUAGCACUGGAGCGUGUUUGGUGUCGCUCAACAAUUUUUUGACGAUAACAAAUCUUCAUCUCGCAUGUCAAUUUAGAAUUUUACAUCACAAAUUAAAAUUGACUUGUAAAAGUGAUUUGGACACGAUGGGUUUCAAUGACUCACGUGACGCUUAUAGCAAGUUAAAAAAAUGUAUAAAAACUCACAAAAUGCUAAUCGACCACACUGGACAAGUAGAACACGUUUAUACAUACGUGAUACUUAUGCAAAUGUUAUCAUCUGAUAUACUGAUAUGCACAUCAGGUUUUCAAGUAUUUUUCUUUUCUGGAACGAUACUGAGAUUCAUAUUUAGAGCCUCUUUUUUCCUGACAACUAUCGGUGAAUUUUUUCUCUUCUCCUGGUCGUGUAAUGAAAUCAUUGUGGCGAGUGAGAAUGUUGGCGACGGCGGCUACGACACAACCUGGUACAGUCUUAUCGCAACUGAUCAUGGAAAAGCAUAUCGAAAUGGAUUGCAAUUAUUAAUUAUGCGAAGUCAUCAUCCGUGUUAUCUCACAGCUGGAAAAUUUUGUGUCAUAUCCUUGCAUUCCUUCUGCGCGGUAAAUACAUUUAAUACACGUCCAAAAGUCUUUAGACAAGGGGUGGAAUUUUUUAAAAAUUUCUACAUUUUUUCAAUUAGAACUUUAAUGCGUAUGUAAAAAUCAUGCUGUAGGAAAUGUAUGAAAUAUAUGUAGAGUCCAAAAAAAAUCGACUUCCCGUCUUCUAGACGUUAAUGUUGACUUUACGAUUUAUGUGCUGUCUGUAUACAUUAUUGCAAUUGAUCAUAAUAUCCAAUUCGCCAUUUAAGGUGAUGACAACAGCAACGUCAUACUUCACGCUGUUACGAAAUUUCGUUGACGAGGAUGAAUUUCGUAAUAAAUAAAAAAAAGGCCGCUUAUACUGAUUCGCGUACACUGCAGUAUUACAAUUAAGAUUCCUGUACAUACUGUAUGUUUGAAAUGUAUAUAAAGUGCCAGGAAUCCAUUUUAUUCACCUAACGAAUAUUUUCUCUCUAAAAAUAUCAAACCUUACGCGACCUAUGAGGAUCGCCAAGAAUCCACUGCAAUAAAACGUUCCUACUAUAAUCGCCGUUCGAUUGGUAAAAUGGUCUUGAAGUAUGAUUGCAGUCAAUUUGUAAAAUUAUGCGGUAAGUCGUUUGCUCUUUUUUUCUACUCGACGUCAAAUCAGAGCAGAUAUAAGUCGGUAAAAUUUUCGCGAAUUAUAAUGUAUAAUAGUAAAUCGUUGUCUAUGGUAUGAAGAUCGCGGACAGUGUAAAUGAAAUUUCUGUAGAUAAAAUAUUGUUAUUAAAUGUAUAAACUCGUGCGUAGGAGAAAUUGUAACUAUUUGGAAGUUUAAUUAUUAUUAUUAAUAUAAUUUGAUUUUAUUCGCGUUGCCCUUAAAAGUUUCUUUUUCUCACAGAAAACUUCACGUACACGUGUCUGCGUUUUGUUAAGUUAUAAAAAUAAGUGAUUUUAAUAAUUCAUUAACAAAACUUGAUUUUUCCACUUUUCACUUUUCCCUGGCUCAAUCCAUUAGACUGCUUUACGAUUUUGUUUCCUCUUCACUGGACUGUAUAUGAACCAUGACGUAUGCUGGUAACGUGUUUUAUGAAUCACGUACAAGGGACUCUCUUUUUCCCUAGAAUGCAUUUACGAUUCGGAAGGCGUCACCGGGAUGCAAAAUUUGUAGGAAAAUAACCUGCCGAUCGAAGACGUGAAACUGAUCAAAGCACGAUGCGCCCUGUAGUCGCCUAGCACUGCUAUCAUUAUAGUAAUCACUAUAAUUUGAUGGUCGCCAAGAGAAUAAUGUUGUGACAGUGACACAUGUGACUGA